ACGACUUCUUCCUUCAAACUUGAAAUAUUCACCCAUUUCAUUUCAAUAAACUUUUUUCUACAAUAUUAAUUAUCAUCUGUUUUGCUCCUUUUUAUGGUUGGAUCAGAAAUUGAAGAUAUAUACUUGUUAACUAACUGAAUUUUCCUACAGAAGAUGGCUGAAAAUGAAAUUGAGGAAAUGUUAGAUCACCUGAGAAGGAUCAAGAGUGGAGAUGAUCUGGAUAUUGAACAAAUUGAGAUACUUGAAAUGGUGCUAAUAGUUUUUAGAACCUAUAUAAAGUAUCAACAUGUUCUUUUGCCUGAUUUCUUAGUCAAACUCACAAAGUAUGCCAAAUGGACUGUGCAAAUGCUUGACAAGGUAUUUGAUGGGAUUCCAGAUGAAUGUAAAACUAACCUUAACCUGGAAAGGCUAGAAUCACAUUUGUUGGAAUUCUUUGAAGGUAAUACCAGUUUAAGUUACAAUUAUGGGUUGAAUGAUUUUGAUCUGUCAGAAUGUAUGGAUUGCCUCGGAAAGAAUCUAAAUGAUGUACUGAUGUGCCUGGAAGAGGCUGUGUCUGACGCUCUUGAAGGACACAGAUUUAUAAAGCAACUGAAAAUUGUUCAAAAGAAAAUGAAAUUUUUGACAUUCUUAUAUGUCACAGAGAUAAAUGGUUACGUCGACCAUGAGAAGCUGGAAUGUUUGGAGACUCGAAUUCUGUUCAUGGCAGACAAUGUGGGACAAUUUUGUCUUUCUAUAUUAGUUGUGGUUGUUGCUGAUUUUGUAGAUUAUGAGGUUGAGGGUGACAUAGAUAGGUAUGAUUUCUUAUAUAAACUUUCUUAUCUAUUAUGCUUGAUUAAGCUAGUGCAGCUGGAAAUGAAGAAGAUUUUUCUCAGUGAACUAAAGGCUUCAAAGUUUACUCAAUCAAGAACUUUCAAGGACAAGAAAUUACCAAAAGGAUUUUCACAUCAUCUCCACAGUCUGCUGGUGUAUCUCAGAAACAAAAAGCUCGAGAACUUUCCUAAUAAUGUCUUUGCUCAAAAUAUUGAUGUGGCAAUAGAGUUCUUAUUGGUAUUCCUUGAUGCUGAUGUGUCAAAUCAUGUUAUUAAUGGUGACUGGUUUAAUGAAGUUAUGGAAAAGGUUGGAGCUAUAGCGGGUGAUGUUCUAUAUGUAAUUCAAAAGCUUCUUCCUAGCUCCAUAAACAAAGAUGACACUAGCAAAAUAAGUCUUUGCUCGAUACAGAUAUUGGAGAAAACUAAAGAUCUGAAGGCACAAGUGGAGACGUACUACAAAUCCUUAAAAUUUACUCCAUCUCAGUUCCCCACCUUUGGUGGAUUGAGCUUUCUAGAUUCUCUUUUAAGGAAACUGAAUGAGAUGUCGAAAUCUAAAUCUGGUUUAGAUUUCCUGAUGAAACCUCUUUUAGGGAAUUUGGAGAAAGAGCUAUCAUCUCUUACAUCCAGUUUAGAGAUGGAGCUGUCAUCCAUUUUCAGAGAUGUCGCAAAGGUGCACCAUGAACAUAAAAUUCUUAAAGAUCUUCAGCGACGUACCCUCAAUUUGGCAUAUGAGGCUGAGGUUGCCAUUGACUCUAUUCUUGCUCAGUAUAAUGCUUUUUUGCAUAUUUUUUGCUCACUUCCUACAAUCUUAAAAGAGAUCAAGAAAAUUAAUGCGGAGGUGACUGAGGUUUGGUCGGCGGACAUUCCUCUCAAUCCUCACAAUGAGGUUGCUCCAUUUGAACAUCUGCCAACUCGACAUAGCAAUCCUGUGACUGAUGAGGAGAUAGUGGGUUUUGAGAUAGCAACAGAAAAAAUGUUUCAGUAUCUGAUUAGAGGUACAAAUGAGCUAGACGUCGUCCCAAUUGUAGGCAUGGCGGGACAAGGGAAAACAACAAUUGCUAGAAAGGUGUACAAUAGUGACAACAUUGUUUCUCAUUUUGAUGUUCGAGCAUGGUGCAUCGUUUCCCAAAUGUAUAAUCGGAGAGAGCUAUUACAAGAUAUUUUUAGUCAAGUUACUGGUUCCAAGGACAAGGAAAAUGACGUUUGCGUACUUGCUGGCAUGUUGAGGAAAAGACUAAUGGGAAGGAGAUAUCUCAUUGUCCUAGAUGAUAUGUGGGAUUGUAUGGCAUGGGAUGACUUAAGGUUUUGUUUUCCAGAUGUUGGAAAUAGAUGCAGAAUAGUCGUAACAACUCGACUUGAAGAAGUGGGUAAGCAAGUCAAGUACCGUACUGAUCCUUAUUCUCUUCCAUUCCUCAAAACAGAAGAGAGUUGCAAAUUGUUGCAGAAAAAAGUGUUUCAGAAGGAAGAUUUCCCGCCUGCACUUCAAGAUGUGAGUCAAGCAGUUGCAGAAAAAUGCAAAGGGUUGCCUCUAGUGGUUGUCUUGGUAUCUGGAAUAAUCAAAAAAAGGAAAAUGGAAGAAUCUUGGUGGAAUGAGGUGAAAGAUGCUUUAUUUGACUAUCUUGAUCGUGAAUCUGAAGAAUAUAGUCUGGCGACUAUGCAGUUGAGUUUUGAUAACUUACCCCAUUGUUUAAAGCCUUGUCUUCUUUAUAUGGGGAUGUUUCCGGAGGACACAAUAAUUGCAGCGUCUAAGUUGAUAAGUUUAUGGAUUGCGGAAGGAUUCGUGGAGAACACUGAAUCUGGGAGAUUAAUGGAAGAGGAAGCUGAAGGUUACUUGAUGGAUCUAAUUAACAGUAACAUGGUAAUGCCUUCAAAGAGAAGUUAUAAUGGUAAAGUCAAAUACUGCCAUGUUCAUGAUGUUGUGCAUCACUUUUGCAUGGAGAAGAGUAGAGAAGUAAAUUUUAUGCUGGCAGUGAAGGGGCAUGCUAUCCAGUUUCAACCUUUGGAUUGGAAGGGAAGUCGAGUGAGCUUCAGUUUCAGUAGAGAGCUUUCCAAGUUAGCAUCUCUGGUCUCCAUAACACAGAAGCCUUUCCACCAACACUUGAGGUCACUGAUAACAACCAAUCGAGAAGAAUUUAUUGAUGCGAUUCUCUUCUGUGAGAUUAGUGAAUUGCGACUUCUUAAGGUCUUGGAUUUGAGUUCUUUUAAUAUGAUAUGGUUGGCGUCAUCUACAUUCAAACCACUAAAUCACCUGAAGUACCUCGCAGUUUGGGCAGAUAAAUUCUAUUUUCAUCCAGAAUCACAUCUGCCCCAUCUAGAAACUUUAAUUGUGGAGGAUAAUGAUAAUAUAGUACUGUUACCAGCGUCUUUUUGGGAAAUGGAAAAAUUAAGGAAUGUUGAGAUUUUUCAAGCUGAAUUUGAUUUGGAAGAGGAUGAGCAGGGGAUCUUUGAAGAAUCCUCAAAAUUGGAAAACUUGAGGAUAUUAAGGAAUGUUAUAUUUCGAAUUCGCAAUGCUGAUAGGAUGGAUGUGUUAUUAAGGAGGUGUCCUAAUCUUCAACAACUUGAAAUCACUUUUUCGGACACUAACGAUUCUGCAGAGCCGUAUUGUCCCAAAUUGGAGAAUCUUACCCAGCUUGAAAUACUUCAACUUUCCUUUCUGCAUCCCCAUAUUCUAUCUGGGUUACAGUUGCCUUCAAAUUUAAACAAGUUGGCACUAAAUGGGACUCAUAUAGAAACGGCUAUUCCCUUCAUUGCGGGACUACCAAACCUGGAGUAUCUCCAAUUACAUGAUCUGCAUUUGUUUCAAUUAGAAGAGUGGUGCCUUGGAGAUAUUACUUUCCCUAAACUUAAGUUGUUGAAACUGGUGGAGUUACGUAUCUCAAGGUGGGAUGCCUCGGAGGAAUCCUUUCCCCUGCUUGAAACACUUGUUAUAAAAGAGUGUUACAAACUCAAGGAGAUCCCCCUUAGCUUUGCAGAUAUUCCAACACUGAAACAGAUUAAGUUGAUUUAUUGCGACAACAAAGCUCUUGAGGCUUCAGCUGUGAGAAUUAAGGAAGAAGUCGAAGAGAUUGAAGGAUGUGACCGUAUAGACCUCGUCCAAAAACACACUCAAUACAGAUCAACCAUGUUGUUGUUGUUGAGUACUUGUUGACGGUGCAAUGUUUGGACAAAUCCUUCUUUGUUCUCUUUGAUAUAAAGCCAGGAGAUUCACUAACAAUGAUAUAGACUAGCAGAAUGAGCAUAAAUUGUACGCAAACAAGUCCAAAGGUAAAGAAGAUUCUCUGUUUAUAAAAGCCAAAG